CUCGCUCUUAUCUAGAUUAUUACAUUCGCCUUUGAUAUUAAAUCAAAUUGUAAUUAAUUUAACUGCUUCAUUUUCAAACGUAACCUACUCGAAUUACGUACAUUAAAUUGAACACCGGAUUUAUCUAUAUAUUCUCAUCAAUCAAGUAUCCAUAAUUCAUUAUAAAAAAAAAAAUUAUUGUACUCCAAAUUUAUUUAUUACUUUGUAAUUAUCUAAAUCUCAAAAGCAAAAUAUAAUAUGAGUACUAGAGAGGUUACAAUUUUACAAAUACACUUUAAUUAAAUCACCUAACAUGAAAAAAGAAAAAUAAAGAAAAAAGGAAAAUAAAUAAAAGCAAAUAUACCUGUUCUCUCUCAAGUUCUUAAUUGGAGUAAGAAAUACUCCGAUUCUUUUCUUUACUCUUUAUAAAUGUAAAAUUUCGUCUCCUUCUCUCUUUCCUCAUUCAAACCCAUUUCUCUCACUAAAAUUAUAGAGAGAGAAAGCUUAGUAAAACUCAUCAAUGGAGAAAUGGCAGAAAUUGUGGUUUUCUCUCACUUCAACUAACUCUAUUACAUUGAUCAUCUCCUUAUUUGUCAUCACUUUCAUCGUCUUUGGAAGCCAUGGAAGAAAUUAUUCUUCGACGAGCUUCGACGAUGCUUCUAAUGGCGGCGCUCCGAAGCUUCGUCAGCUCUCUUUCUCCGCCGUUCAACUUCAAAGCGUCGCUACUUCUUCCGAUUCUCCGCCUCUUCUCUCCUUCAACUCCUCCGUUCAUCUCCGCAACGCUCCGAGAAAAAAGAAGGGAGGAGUAGAGGAAGGAUUAGCAAGAGCACGAGCGGCGAUUCGAAGAGAAAAGGCAGCUUGGAAUAGAAGAAAUCGAUCAAUUACUUUGAAUACUCCUUCCACUUUCAUCUACCGUAACCCCCGCGCUUUUCAUCAGAGUUAUCUAGAAAUGGAAAGGAGAUUGAAAGUGUAUGUGUACGAUGAGGGUGAUCUACCUAUCGUACAUGAUGGACCAUGUAAGGACAUCUACACUAUUGAAGGGAGGUUUAUUCAUGAGAUUGAGCAUGGAACUACGCGGUUCGGAACAAGAAAUCCCAAACAUGCCCACAUUCAUUUCAUGCCUUUUAGUGUUACAUGGAUGGUGAAGUACCUUUACAAGCCAAAUUCCUACAAUGUCACCCCUCUCAAUCAAUUUGUCUCGGAUUAUGUCAAUGUGAUUUCCACCAAGCACCCCUUCUGGAACCGGACACAAGGGGCCGAUCACUUCAUGCUGGCUUGUCAUGAUUGGGGACCUCAUGCCUCAAGGGGAAACUCAGACCUCUACAACAGAUCCAUCAGGGUAUUGUGCAAUGCAAACUCCUCUGAAGGCUUCAACUCACAAAAGGAUGUGAGCUUACCAGAAAUCCACCUAUAUGAUGGCAACAUUUCUCCGAAACUCAUCUCCAUCCCUCGAAAAACUGCUCCUCGGCCAUACCUUGCAUUCUUCGCUGGUGGUCUCCAUGGCCCAAUACGGCCUAUUCUCCUCAGACAAUGGAAGGGACAAGACCCAGACCUGCAAGUCCACGAAUACCUCCCAAAGGAAUUAGAUUACUACACUAUGAUGCUUCAGUCUAGGUUCUGCCUUUGUCCUAGUGGUCAUGAAGUUGCUAGCCCAAGAAUAGUUGAAGCCAUAUACGCUGAAUGUGUGCCAGUUAUACUGUCAAAGAACUAUGUUUUUCCUUUCAGUGAUGUUUUGAGAUGGGAGGCGUUUUCGAUAGAGGUGGAUGUCAAAGACAUUCCAAGGUUGAAAGAGAUUUUGAGAGCAAUACCAGAAGAGAAGUACAGAAGGCUAAUUGAAGGGAUCAGAGCUGUUAGACAGCAUUUUGUUCUUAACACCCCUGCAAAGAGGUUUGAUGUUUUUCAUAUGAUAUUGCACUCUGUAUGGCUCAGGAGAUUAAACUUGAAACUUAGGUAACAAUAACUGUAACAUAUAAUAGGAUUUUUUUUUUAUAAUUUUUAUAAUUUUAAAUUCUUAUCGAUCUAAUCAACAGAGAACAGGACAUACAUACAAGCGUGAAGCGUUGCUGUUUGAUACUCCCUGUCAGUCUUGUAAAUGCACUUCAUAUUCAUUAUUGUAGAGAUCACACUGAAGAAAAAAAAUUUGUUCUGCUCAGUCUGUAAAUAACCAAUAUAAUGUUCUUCUGAAAUGAAAACUUUUAUCCUGUUAUUUUGAAAGUUCAGUUUUGUAAAUGUCAUUCUCGACCCGUGUAGGCUUGUAGCCAAUUUUUCGCUAAUGAUAGUUCGUUAUCCUUGGGUGAUCUCAUAGUUAAAAAGACCUGAAACUAGUUUGAAUGAGGAAAAUAGUGUUCGAAUAGACCCCUUUUGGUUUGCAUAGAACGAGGGUCCUUCCCUCGGGUGGUUAGACUGGCGUGACUUAAUCUACCAGACUACCAGCUACAUCAUCAUUACAUUUGCAUAAAAAAAAAAAGUCAUUACAUGCAUAUAACAAACCAUAAAAGGGAAAUAUAUCUUCUUCUGCAUCUUUUAUUUAUUUAUAUAUUUAUUUAUUUUAUUUUAUUUAUGCCCCUAAAAUAAAGCUUGUUAUGAUUCUAACAAUUGAUAAAUAAAUUAAUUAAUUUAAUAAAAAAAAAAAAUGUUGUAUAAAUGGCUUUGCUUGCCCAUCUACAAAAGAUGAAUGAAUAGCUUUGUAUCA